AUGUUAAGUGCCAGUUCUACUUUAAAAAGUGGUAACACUUUCAGUAGCAGACUUGGUAGCGACAGCACCACUAGUGCUACCACUACCUGUGCUGGUGGUACCGAGGUCAUAAGGGCACUGAUAGACCAGUUGGCACUGGGACUACAGAAGUGGGUUGGGUGGCAGGAAGGGGAUAAGGAUGUCUGUUGUCUUAAGGGAACAGAUGGGAUAGGAAGGGAAUGUAAAUGUCCUAGUGGAGGUGCCACUUGUUGUAACGGUGGUAGUGGUAGUAGUGCUACUCCAUGUCAUCAGUGUGACAAGUGUGGUACCAGUGGCAAAGAUGGUAACAACAAAUGCUACCUCUCGGCCUAUAACAAGGAGAAUGCAUUAUGGACCAAGAUAGUCAAUGGUAACACUGGUAAGUACCCACUGGUAGACAUAGGGAGUAAUGGUGUAGUAGGUAGUGCCAGUAGUAGUACUGUCGACACUGUUAGAGCCGCCCAAGAUGUCCACCUCCUGGCCCGUAUUUUCCUAGGGUCAGUAUGUCUCAUCUGGAGUGGACUCAGUCAGUUGGGGUUCCUAACAGGUGGGAGUGGUGGCACAGAGAAGAGGUGGAGCCAGAGUAGUUUGCACGAGAUCUGUGGCGACUCAGCUGGUCUCGGCUCAUUCAUGGCGGCCAUGGGCUACGACCUAGAGAGGUUGAAUGGGAGUGGAGGUCCAGGUAAAGCGGGAACCUUUGUAAAUGGGUUGUUGACGAAAACUGUGGAAUGGAAAGAUCUCAGUAAUGGUACAAAUUCAAGCAGUGUAGCUGAGUACUAUAGCAUUAUCUAUAAGAAAGCGGAGGAGGCUGGCAAGAGUACGUCCAAGACAGAGCAAAUAUGUGAACAAUAUCCCCUAUUGGUACUACACAUCCUGGCCAGUGGGUACUUCAGGGCAGGUAGUGCCGGGGCUAAGGGUGUCAUCCCGGCGCCUUCGGCGCCACAGCCGGCAAAGGCGGCCUCUAGUGAUACCAAGAAAGACGAUGCUCCCAGGAAACCCCGAACAAUCCGUGAAAUCCUAUACUGGCUUAGUGCAUUGCCCUAUAGUCCAGCCUAUAAGGGACUACUAGGCUACGGCAAAGAAAGACUAGAAAGGAUACUCAAGAGACCGUACGGCUCUAGCUCUACCAAUAACGAAACACAACUCAAAUUCUACCAAGACAAACGCCCCCAUCCCAUUACAGUUGAUGAAUACAACCUGUUUGCCCACUUCCAAGCAGUGACCCAGUACUGCCCACUGGUCCUCAUAGGUAUUCAGGGUGGCCUCAAGGGCACUGACAGCACUAAGGAACCUGCCAUCCAUGACCUUUACGCCAACACGGAGUGCAACUUUACCUAUCCAACAGUGCCUAUUCAAGCCUACAACCAGGUGGUCCACUACAUUAGGGGGCUGUUCUACCAACUCUAUUUCCUUAGGAAGCAAUGUGCAGUUAAAGUUGCUAUGGGAGGCAAAUGGCGUGAGUGUAGGUAUGGUACGAAUGUAGUCUCCAAGGGGGUAAUCAGCUGGAUGUGCCUGGGGUGUGACCCCAUGGAGCAUGAUAGGAAAAGUAGGGUUGAUAAGGUAAAGGAGGGGAUGGAGCGAUUAGUGGGGGUGAUGAAGAAGUUUAAAAAGGAAUGGAAAGGAUCGGCAUUGGAAAGGAGGAAGGAGGAUCUAACGGGAGUGAAGACGGCGCUAAAUGGAGUAUUUAAGGAUGUGUAUCAGAGUGGGAGUAGGAAUAAUUUCAAGAAGGUAAUAGAGGAUAUACUAAGGGAAUUGGCGAAGAAGGUGAAGGCACUAGAGAAGGUGGUGAAUGGGUUGGAUAAACUAAACGGGGCUACGAAGAAGGCUCAGGCGGCACUAACGGCGGCUCAGGAAGCACUAUAUGGUGUUCAGGGAAUGAAUAGUGAGCUCGAUGGAGAAAUGGGGAAGGGGGCAUUAGAGAUGGGUAGGCUGGGAGUGAUAACUGCCAUUCACGCACCACAAGGGGCGAUUCUGACUAAACUAGAUCACUCAUUGAGGAAUCUGCAUGGAAUCUUUAUAUGA